AGAAUGAGGGUUUGAAAUUUAGACGGAGUACUAGAUUCUCGAAAAAGAUUCUAACCACUAAAUCAAUGCACUACUUGCAGUGGUCAAUAAUUAUAUUGAAUGGAAGUAAUUAGUACAUCAAUUUACAUUCAGCACGAUGGAGAAAAUGUUUGAAUUGGGGAAGCAGUGAGUCGAUGAGUAAGAGAUUUCAACCGACGAGUUGCAAUGGUGAAUGAUAAUUAAGUCAUUGGGAUAUAUUUAUUUAUUUGUUAAUGAGUAUGUUAAAGAAAGAUUAGAUUAGAUGGGAUUAGAAAGUUUGAAAGUUGUGUGUUUUAUAAGCUGUCGUCGUGUUCUUUCUCUCUCUCUCUCCCUCUUGCUAAGUCGAUGAUGGGACUUGCAGAGCUGAGACUAUCGACCGAGAGCAGCAGCAGCUAGAGCCAGAGUUUUCGAUUCCAAAUCCAUAUCUCUGCUUCAAUUCAGAUAUUCAUUGAAGAAGCAUGAAUUCUCCAUCCACCCAGUUUGUCACCUCAAGAAGGAUGGGAGUGUUUGAGCCUAUCCACCAAAUUAGCAUGUGGGACGAAAGCUUUAGGAGUAGUGGUAAUUUUAAUGCCUCAGCAUCCAUGAUACUGGAUGUAGACGCAAAACUAGAUAACCAGUCAGAGGAUGCUUCUCAUGGAAUUCUGGGACCUUCUAGCAAGUAUGAUCAAGAAGCAACUAAACCUACGGACAAGGUGCAAAGACGUCUUGCACAAAAUCGGGAGGCUGCUCGUAAAAGCCGGAUGCGAAAGAAGGCCUAUGUUCAGCAGUUAGAAACGAGUCGUGUGAAGCUUAUUCAACUAGAGCAAGAACUUGACCGAGUGAAACAACAGCAGGGCGUGUAUAUCGGCGGUGGAUUGGAUACUAAUCCUCUUGGAUUUUCUGGCACCAUAAACUCAGGUAUAACAACAUUUGAGAUGGAGUAUGGACACUGGGUGGAAGAACAAAAUAGGCAAAUUUGUGAACUGGGAAGUGCUUUGGACGCUCGUAUAAGUGAUGUAGAGCUUCGGUUCCUUGUGGAUAACGGCAUGAGUCACUAUUUUGAACUUUUCAGCAUGAAAUCAACAGCUGCGAAAGCUGACGUUUUCUAUGUGAUGUCUGGGAUGUGGAAAACAUCAGCUGAACGGUUUUUCUCGUGGAUUGGAGGGUUUCGCCCUUCAGAGCUUCUUAAGGUUCUUCAGCCUCACCUUGACCCGUUGACAGACCAACAACUUUUGGAUGUUCACAACCUUAGACAAUCAUGUCAACAAGCAGAAGAUGCUCUUUCUCAAGGUAUGGAUAAACUCCAGCACACUCUGGCCGAGACUGUGGCAGCUGGUCAACUGGGCGAAGGCAGUUAUGUCCCGCAGAUGGCUAUUGCGAUGGAGCGAUUGGAAGCUCUUGUGAGCUUUGUGACCCAGGCUGAUCAUCUUCGGCGGGAGACCUUACAGCAGAUGUCACGCAUCCUCACAACCCGCCAGGCUGCUCGAGGCCUUCUUGCCUUGGGAGGGUACUUCCAUCGCCUUCGGGCUUUGAGCUCACUCUGGGCUGCUCGUCCGCGUGAGCCUGCCUAACUUUAGCAUCAAGAGCAUUCAAAGUGAUGAGGCUCAAUAUAUCAACAGGAUAAUUACCACCAGAAAAGAAACCAGAGGUGCUUUGGGUAAUGUUGUUCCAUAUCCAUACAUAUGUAGACAUAACAUAAUCCAAGCUGCCGAAAAUUUUCAAGCAGCAUCCCAUAUUUUCAGAAGCUGUAAAUAUGGAGUCAUUUUAUCUGCUGGAAGCUUCUAUGUAAAUAAGUUUAUUUUCGAUGUCUUUGUAUGUUAGAAAACGAGAUUUACAGAAGUUAGGAUUUGAGUCUUAUCGAAGGAACUGGAUCAUGUUACGAGGUUAUCGUCCUUCUUUGAUGUGUACUGACUGUUAGUGCGGUUAUCGUCGUGCUUUGAACAUGAACGGUCUUGUUCUGGAAAGGUUUGUUAAAAUAGGUCUUGAUAGUACGUACUUGAUUGAUAUGUAUAGAAGCCAUUCACCUGAUGAUGGACAUUUGUUUUCAGUGGGGAUGGGAUGCUCGUUUUCAGGUACGUUGGCGAAAUUUUCAGACUAGUGCGGGCAUCGGAAGAGAAGUUUUCUACUUGCAACUAGUGUGCGCAAUCAGCCCUGUUUGCGAGCUACUGAAAACAAAUUUGUGGUGUCCGGCAAAGGUGGCUGGAGAAUCACUUCUGGCAACUACAAAAGUCACGUUCCGUUUUGCAGCUGAGAAGCAAAUUUUCGAACAAAGUCCAGCUCCGAACCGAAACCCUUUGCCUACUCCCUAAAAGCCAGAACUAGUUGUGUGCUUUGUUGACAUGAAACCCCAAAUCUUGCCUCGCGCAAAUGCAAAUUGCAUCGUUGGAAUUUUCAAGCUAGGGUUCAUCUUUUGUUUGAAUAAAAGAGACGAGAUUGGUUGCUAA